UGAAAUGUAACUCAAUUUGUCCUCUGAUUCCCACUGCACAAUGAGCACUUCAACUUCUGGCACCAGGAGAAGAACGCCUGGAGAGAAAAGGAUUGAUCGGUUAGAAAAGGAAGGUGAGGAAGUGUAUCAAAGUCUCAACUUUAAAUGUGGGCGUCCACUAAUGAUCCCACCAGCUCCUAACUUAUCACCUUACAUUGACAAGUAUCCAGAGGGAGCAGAUUUGAGCGACAGCAAUAAGAAAAGCAAAAAUAGGCAAGAGGACUACACUGCUGAAGUAACAGUGUACAGGGUAUUGGAAAGGUUGGAUGACAACGUCAUCGUGAUUCAUGGUAUGGUAUACAAUCAUGGAGAUUACCAGAUAUUUGUUGAUGACCAUAAAUCAAAGAAGAAAAUUGGUGAAAUUUGUAAAAUAAAGAAUAAGGAGCCGGAGGAGGAGUGUGAUUUUUUAAUAAUUGGAAGCAAUUAUAUAACAAUCAUAGAAGUCAAGAAUAUAACUGUUGAAGAUCAUCUCGACGUAGCAGCUGACCAGCUUAGUGCUUUGACAACAAUCUUACAUAAUUCUUUUGAGCAGAGACUGAGGACUCUUGAUCUGAUAAAAGGCAUUAACAAAGAUGUGGUUGUUCAUUGUUAUACAGCAUGUCCUAAUUUGAGUAGGGCAAAGCUCCCUAAGUUGUUUGUUGAAUCUGAUCUGGUUUCCACAGUAAUAUUUAAAGAGGAACUUAAUGAUUUUCCCAAAUGGUGGAUGGAUCACAUCAGUGUAACUGGUGAGAUUACUCAAAGUCCUCUGAGAGAUACAUAUAUUUUAUUGGCAUUAUGGUGCACAGAAAAGAACAAGUGUGAUAAACUGAAAUGUAGCAUGGGACAGACAAUAACAAACAUAGACAAAUAUCUCAAAGGUGGUGAUUUUACGUUCAUUAGCAAAAAUCGAGAUCCCAAUCCUGGUGUUGCAUCGGAGACCCCUCCAAUGAUUAAAGAACAUUUUGGACUCAAGAACUUGACUGUGGAACAGCUCAGUGCUCUUAACUCGGAAAAACAGUUCUUAUGGAUUAAUGGCCCAGCAGGAACAGGGAAAUCAGUUGUCAUUAUGGGGAAGAUAUUAAAGUUGGCCCUAUCAAACGACAAGCAUAAAAUUGCAUUAUUCCAUUUUGUUGAUAAUUGCAACAACUACUGUAAUCAGAACUUGAGUCUUCUUGAGAGUGCUGGGAUCAAGUAUGAGAUGAUAUUUCCUGACUCCUGGUCUUGGAAGGGUCGAGAUGAACAAAAUGCGGCUUCUGCUUUAUGUGACAUUAUAUACAGGUGUCACCAGUCUAAUCAAGUUGCUGUUAUUGUAUUAGAUGUUGCAUCAAUUCAAAUGUAUAGAAAAGUGUGGCUUAUUAAAAUAGUUGGCUGCCAACAACAUUGCUCUUUGUUCAUUGACGACUACCAGUCUUAUAUUGGUAUUAAUAGCUAUAAAGGAAAAUAG